AUUAAUUCUUCAUUCUGCCACGAUUUUUGGCAAAUUAUACCCAGAAAAAUACGGAAAUUUUCAAGAAUUCUAUCUGCCGAAUGAAUGGUCUUCGGUUAAAGACUGUCCGGUGCGUUAUUAUGAUUACGGUAGAAAAACUCUAGUAGCUCCCGUUGCUGGUCAAGACGCCUAUGAACGAGAAUUUGCUCACAUGGCGGCAAUCGGAUGGACUCAAGAUGACGGAACAAUAAGUUGGAACUGCGGUGGAUCGUUAAUUAGCGAAAAUUUUAUCGUCACUGCCGGUCAUUGUGCUUCCUGGCGAAAAAAAGCUCCUGAUGUCGCUCGCAUGGGAGAUUUGAACUUGGAAAGUGAUUCAGACAACAAAUGGGCUCAACAACUGGAAAUUGAGGAAGUUAUUCCGCAUCCGCAGUACAGUGCGCGUUUCAAUUAUUACGACAUUGCUCUCAUAAAAUUACGUGGAUCGAUCAAACUUCAUGACACCGUUUGCCCGGCAUGUCUUUGGAGGAACGAAUCAACGCGAUUUCCCUUUCUCGAGGCUUGUGGAUACGGGCAAACUGGAUUUCUUGCUGAAAAAACACCAAAAUUGCAGAAAGUUACAUUGAGUCCGGUUAGUUUUGAGAGUUGCAAGGAGGAUUUUCCGGCAGAUCGAAAACUUCCGCAAGGACUUCAAAGUCAUCAAAUGUGUGCGGCAGAUCGAUCGCAUAUUCAAGACACUUGCUUGGGAGACUCUGGAGGUCCGUUACAGAUUAAACUCCUGGGAAAAGCUAAAAUGCAUCCAUUUAUCAUUGGAAUAACGUCUUUUGGGAAGUCAUGUGGCACAGAAACACCGGGAGUUUACACGCGAAUAUCACAUUUUGUCGAUUGGAUUGAAAGUGUCACCGGAAUUGAAACAGAUCCGAGAAAAUGUGCCAUGAAAUAUGCCACACAUCGUGAAUUUGAGCCAGAUGCAGUUACCAAAAGUGGCGAUAGGGAACUAAUUGAUGGGACAAAAUUUCAUGUUGACACUUUUCCGGAACAUUUGGAGUAUAUUGUGAAAAUUGGAAGUUGUUACGGGAAUUUAGUGACUGAAAAAUUUGUACUUUCUUCAGCUACUUGUGUGAAAAAUAAACAAAUUCAGACAAUUAUUACAAAUGAUAACACAGAAAUUCGAGUAAAAGCUGUUACGGUUCAUCCUAAAUUUAAUGGAAUCGAUAAUGAUAUUGCUUUGAUUGAAGUGCAACAAGAAAUUGAAUUCAACGAUGACGUGCUUCCCGCUUGCUUAUUUUCCGACUCCUUUAUCCCAGAAAACCUCCAACUCGGCUUUGUUGGUAUUGGUGCUGAACAAAAUCAUGGAAAUCGCUACUACGUUGAGACUUAUCAAGAAAACCAACCAGAAAAUUUUCUCAUGUCUCGUUCGCGUCCCGUAAAUUACUCGUAUUGCAAUGAAUUUUAUCAACCAGAAGGCUUUCGAGUUGAUGAACAAACUAAAAUCUGUUACGGCAAUCCAGAUUAUUUUUUGGUACCAGAUACUUGUCGAAUUGCCCAUGGAGCUCCGAUUGAACGAGAGUUGUAUACUUCCGAAAGAUAUCAUUCUUUUAUUUUUGGAUUACCAGUCGAAGCCAAUGAUUGUGGUUUCGGAUAUCCAGCAAUCGCAACCAGAGUUUCUUCUUACAUUGAUUGGAUUGAUUCAAUAAUUUUUAAGGGACAGAAAAAUGAUGAAAUUUGUUCUCUUCCGUUUUCGGGAAAAACUUCGACUUGUAAGCGGGCAAGUGAGUGUCCGCAUUUGGUGCAGAAAGUGAGAAGUGGAAAGGCAAAUUUGAUGGAUUUCAUUUGCAAGUUCGAUGAUGCUCGAAAUCCACUGGUGUGUUGUCCAAAAGUGAGUGGAAGUGAGGCACAGAAUAAAAUCGAAAAUUGUCCAUCAUUUUAUCUCCAACACCGGCAAGGAUCAGACGAAAGCUCCCACGUUGCACUGAUCGGCAAUGGAAAAACUCGAGACUGGCGUUGUCGUGGCUACCUUAUUUCAGACAAACAUGUUCUUACCUCAACCGAAUGCGUUCCUCAAAAAUCCUUAAACGACGUUGUAGCCUUACGAAAUGACCGAGGAACUUUGUAUGGCAUCAAAAAAGUCGUCACAAACGAAAAAACACUCAGUUUGAUAACUUUGAACGAAACUGUCAACAUAUCCAGAAAAGUUGUUCCUAUCUGUUUGUGGUCUGAUCCCUCAAAAAUCCCCUUUUUGAACUCUUUUAUACCCUCUAAGAUACGUGAGCCUCUCAAAUCUAUCAUAAUUCGACCUCGCCCGUAUUCAAAAUGUAAAAAAAUGGAUAUUUCCAACUCAGUUACGUCGAAAGAUCAAAGUUGUUUGACAUUUUUGAAUAAAUUUCCAUGUACAAGUGUCGGAACAGGAGUUCAGUUCAACCGAAAUGAGACUGGAUUGAGAAUUCCUUACCUCAUUGGACUCUUACAUGAUGUUGGAAUGGUUUUUUGUGAUGUAGACGAUGUAGACGAAGACAAGCCGGCAUAUGCAUUUACUAAAGUCGCACCUCACUUUGACUGGAUUUUGGCACAUGUUGAUUAACAAG